AUGGAAAGCAGCCCAACUGAAGCUUGUACUUGUGAUGACUACAAAACCGCGGAGCCGGAUCGAAGGUCGGACGUGGCUUGGAGAAAAGAGCUCAAUGCAGCUGGACUGGCUUGGAGCUUCUCCAAUAAUCGUAAUGAGAGAAUUACCUCUCACAGUGAAUAUAUGGCGUUUGUGAUCUCGUCCCUUGUGGCGGAGGGACUAGCUAUACGCUGA